AUGUUUGAUUGGAGAUCUCACACUUCUCGUGGUAAGAAAGACAAGAAAUGUGAUAAGAAAAAGAAAAGAAAGUAUGAUGAAUCGUCUGAUUCGUAUUGGUUUGAUUUGUUUCGGAAAUACAUGAUAUUUCCAACUGUGAGUGAGCAACAGUUAGAAUUAUAUGAAUUGGCCAUGGGAACAGACAUUGCCAAGAUUACAGAUCCAGAGAAAUUACAUGAAAUUAUCUUUUUUAUGAGAGGUUUUAUGCGUGAUUUUGAUCAUUCACUUGUAGACACUUUCGAAUACAAUUGUUCGAGAGUACAUGAUGAAGUUAGAGGAAAUUAUCUAAUAUUGGCCAUCAUAUUGACAGUCAUGUUUGGCAAAAGAAGGCUGCAAUACUUUAGUGAUUGGGUGACAAUUUCAUUGCAUCAAUACGAUUCACAAGACGAGGAUGAGGAAGAAUUAAGUGACACGUUUAAUUGCCCCCUUCCCACUUUUUGCAUGUUAAUUCUCUAUCCAGAAGCCCAAAAUGAAAUACCACUCGACGAAAACGAUGAUGAGAACAUUUUGUACAGAGCUGCACCUUACUUGGAAAAUACAAGUUCCAACGAAAAGGACUGUUGCUUUUUUACAAUGGUAGAUAAUGAUGAAGAUGGUGAUACAGAGGUUAUUAGCACAGGUCAGUCAAUUAGUAUUUCUAAAAGAUAUGAAGACGAGCAUGGACUUCGUUUCUGUCCAAACUUUUUCAAUGCUGGAGCGCGCAUUUGUAUAGAGAAAAUCACAGCUAGAUAUUAUAAUAAUAGAGAGUUACUAAGGGUGAAUAAAUACGAUAGCUUCGACUAUUGUUGA